AUCGCUCCUCCUCCUCAACAUCCCUCCAUCUCUCUCUCUCUCUCUCUCUUCCUCUUUUCUGCAUCUCACUCACUCACUGAGAGUCACAUCAGAACAGACAGUCCCUCCGACAUCCAGCUGUCCGGACGCUGAUUCAUUUCUCCACACACCAGCUCUGGGUGCAAACUCAGAAGGGGUGUUUGGGAAAUUGAAAGGCGUCCUAAACAGGGCCAAAAAGGAUUUUCAUCAUCAAAGAGAGGAAGACAGAAGAUUUGCUAUCUCUCGUGUUUUGCUCCAAGAAUGGGAAAAUCAGAGAGCCAAAUGGAUAUCAUGGAGAAAACCACUAAACCGAGAAAGCAUCGCUGGACCGUCGUUGAGAUCGGAUUGUCUAUUAUUGUUCUUCUGCUGAGCUGCGCUCUGGCUGGACUUGUAGUGCUUUACACUUCAGCACUGAGAGAUCGUUUUAACAGAAAUGAAUCUUCGAAAGGGCUCGAAUAUCGAUCAAAUACUGAUAGAGAUGUCUGUACAACACCAGAGUGUGUCACUGCAGCUGCCCGACUGCUCCAGAACAUGGACCCCAGUGUGGAACCAUGCCAGAACUUCUAUCAGUAUGCCUGUGGAGGUUGGAUCGAACGUCAUGUCAUUCCUGAGACGAGCUCACAUCACAGUGUCUUUAAUAUCCUGAGAGAUGAGCUGGAGAUCGUACUCAAAGGAGUUCUUGAGAUGGACAGUAAGAAUGACAGAGAAGCCUUCAAGAAAGCCAAAACACUCUAUAACUCCUGCAUGAAUGAGAUUUUGAUUGAACAGCGGGACUCGCAGCCUCUUCUCAGGCUCAUCGACAGUAUCGGAGACUGGCCCGUGGCCUCUGAGGUCUGGAACGACACAUCAGAGGAAUCUUGGAGUUUGGAGGACACAUUGGCUCUUCUGAAUGCUCAGUACAAUAAGAAGGCUGUGCUGGAGAUGUUUGUGUGGACGGACGAUCGUGACUCCAGUCGCUAUAUUAUACAUGUUGACCAGCCAGUUUUUUUAGGAAUGCCUUCAAGAGAUUAUUACCUCACUGAUGGAAAUUACAAGAAGGUGCGCAAGGCCUACCUGGAGUUCAUGGUUUCCAUGGCGAGGAUAGCACGAGAAGACAGGAACCUGACCCAGGAUGAAGAGCGUGUGUGGGAAGAAAUGACUCAAGUGCUGGAGCUGGAGACGGACAUUGCUAAUGCUACCUCACCCGCAGAGGAACGCAAUGACAUCACUGUGCUAUACAACAAAAUGACUCUCAUAGAGCUGCAGCAAACCUUCAACCUCAAUGGAUUUAAUUGGACACGCUUCAUCCAAGGUAUAAUGUCUAGCGUUUCGAUUACGGUGCAACCGGAUGAACCCAUUGUUGUGUACUGUACACCGUACCUGGAAAAGCUCAGUGAAGUUCUGUCCAAACACAGCCGCAGGACUCUACAGAACUAUCUGGGUUGGAUGCUCAUCAUGGACAGGGUCAGCAGCCUCAGCCGGCGCUUCAAAGAUGUCAGAGCACAUUACAGAAAGGUUUUGCAUGGUACAACAGUAGAAGAGGCGAGAUGGAGAGAUUGUGUCCGGUAUGUUCAAGGUAACAUGGAGAAUGCUGUCGGGGCGCUGUAUGUUCAGGAAACCUUCUCUGGAAACAGUAAACGUAUGGUGGGCGAUCUGAUCAGAAAGAUUCAAGAAGCUUAUGUGGAAACCCUGGAGGAGUUAAGCUGGAUGGAUGAACAGUCCAAAGAAAAGGCCAGAGAGAAGGCCAUGGCGAUAUCAGAACAGAUUGGUUAUCCUGAUCACAUCCUUGAGGAGGAAAACAAGAAGCUGGAUGAGGAAUACAGACAUCUGAAUUUCAGUCAGGAGAACUACUUUGAAAAUAUUCUGGAAAAUUUGGCAGUAUCUGCACAAAAAGUUCAUAAGAAGCUGAGAGAGCCGGUAGAUCCCCAUAUGUGGAUUAUUGGUGCUGCUGUGGUCAAUGCUUUUUAUUCACACAACAGAAACCAGAUUGUGUUUCCCGCUGGUAUCUUACAGCCGCCGUUCUUUAGCGAGAAACAACUACAGGCUUUGAACUUUGGUGGUAUCGGGAUGGUCAUAGGACACGAAAUCACUCAUGGAUUUGAUGACCACGGCCGAAACUUCGACAAAGACGGGAACAUGAACAACUGGUGGAGUAACUACUCUGCCGAACAUUUUGAAGAGCAAUCUAAAUGCAUGGUGGAACAGUAUGGAAAAUUCAAUUGGAAACUUGCAGGAGGCCAGAAUGUGAGCGGCAUCACAACAUUAGGAGAAAAUAUUGCAGACAAUGGCGGGGUUCGUCAGGCAUAUAAGGCAUAUAUGAAGUGGGUGGAGAGAGAAGGCAAGGAGCCCCGCCUGCCCGGAUUAGACAUGGAUCAUAAACAGCUCUUCUUUCUAAACUUUGCCCAGGUCUGGUGUGGUGCUUGUCGUCCUGAAUACGCCAUACAGUCCAUCAAAGCAGAUCCACACAGCCCUCUGGAGUACAGGGUACUUGGUUCCCUCCAGAACUUUGAAGCGUUCUCCGAAGCUUUCCAUUGUGAACGUGGAGCUCCCAUGAACCCAGAAGAGAAAUGUCGAGUGUGGUAACCUGGUAAUGUCUGGAGAUAUUUCACAAACCCUGUCAGGAGAACUCAGAUUCAAAUACGUACUGCUAUUAUUUCACAGUGGCAGCUGCCUGCGUUUUAGUCUGAUGUGAACGAAACAACCAACAUACGUAGAUGUUUACUGUGAACUUUCAAAAGCGCACAUAUAACCAACAAGUGCAGAUGUGGUGAAUGUGCACAGUGAUGGUUGGCAUGCUUUCUUAUCAAAUGUUUGCGAGCCUGGUUACAGGUUAUUAUUAAUACUGAGAUUAUAAAACAUGUGGAUGCAAAUGA